AUGGCAGGCAGCAACAACUACCAGUACCCUGUGGUCCUACACUGGAACCAGGGGCCACAAAAGCUGAAGAGGCUGAAGAAUAAACUCCAGGCUUAUUUCCAGAGCAAGAGCAAAUCAGACGGUGGAGAGUGCGAGAUCCCAGACAUUGACUGCAGCCGGGGACACGUCCUCAUAUACUUCAAGGAGAAGGAAGCACGAGAUCGGGUUCUGCAGAAAACAAAUCAUCAGCUGACAUUACCAGAUGGAACGGCAUUGCAGCUCAACGUCCAAUUACCAGAUGAAGGAAACACACAGAGUACAAAGAGCUUGCCCCCCUCCAAGGACAUUUCACCCCCUUGGAUUCCCCAAUUGUAUUAUGUUACAUCUGCCGCAUUAAAAAUGGCUGCCUGUAUCCCAUCAAAUCACUUCACCCUCAUUAACUAUCCCCCGCUCACCAACUACAUGCCGCUCACUAACUACGCCCCGCUCACUAACUACGCCCCGCUCUCUAACUACGCCCCGCUCUCUAACUGCUCCCCGCUCACUAACUAUACCCUGCUCACUAACUACGUCCCGCUCACUAACUACGUCCCGCUCACUAACUGCGCCCCGCUCACUAGCUACGCCUCGCUCACUAACUACGCCCCGCUCACUAACUACGCCCCGCUCACUAACUACAUCCCGCUCACUAACUACGUCCCGCUCACUAACUACACCCCGCUCACUAACUACGUCCCGGUCACUAGCUAUGCCCCGCUCACUAACUACGUCCCGCUCACUAGCUACGCCUCGCUCACUAACUACGUCCCGCUCACUAACUAUGCCCCGCUCACUAGCUACGCCCCGCUCACUAACUGCGCCCCGCUCACUAGCUACGCCCCGCUCACUAACUACGCCCCGCUCACUAACUACACCCCGCUCACUUACUACGUCCCGCUCACUAGCUACGCCCCGCUCACUAACUACGCCCCGCUCACUAACUACACCCCGCUCACUAAAUACACCCCGCUCACAUACUAUACCCUGCUCACAAACUAUGCCCUGCUCAUUAACUAUUCCCUUGUGUCUAUGAAGAACCCCAGCAGAGAAGAUGAUGAGGCGACACAGUGCCCCACGUCCUCUGUGGUUCUGAUUGAGAACCUCAAGGACAGCUGCACUCCUGAGAUGUUGAACCUCUUGGUGGAGAAUAUCAGUGAAAAGAACGAGGACACAGACUUCUAUGUCGAAAGGAUUCCGGAGAUCAAAUCUGCUGUUGUUACCUUCAAUUCUGAAAACGAUGUUCCAGACUUCAUUGGAAGGUUUUCUGGAAGUCCAAGAAUCAAACAGCAAAACAUGAGAGCUAAAUAUCUGGAGAAAACCAGGAGCAUCAGGGUGGAGGGUCUCCCGGCCAGCACAUCGGAGGGCUACUUUGAACUUUACUUUGAGAGUGUGAAGCAUGGAGGUGGACCGAUAGAGAAGAAAGAGAUGUUACUGGAAGAAGGUGCUGCCAUCAUUACAUUCUCUAGUGCUGAAGUUGUAAAGACAGUUCUGGCAAAGCAGCAUACAUUUGACAACUCGGCCCUAUCAGUUUACCCGUAUUACCCGUCCAUUGGACAAUGGCUGUACGGAAAGAGAGAAGCGCAUAUCACGACACCUGGCCCUGUAAAAUACCCCAUCAGCGCACAUGUACUGGAGUUUAUCUAUAACACGGCACAACUAAAACAAAAUAUGGAGAAGCAAAUGGCAGAUCACUGUUGCCACGUGGAAUGGCCAGAUCCAGGCCACCACAACCCUGUCAUUACACUGUCUUUUCCCAGCAACCUCUCCACACAUCUACGCACCCUGGCAAAGAUAGUACCGACCUGGAGCAAUAAUGUCAACGCCCAGUUCUCACUUCUUAUGUCGAAGUAUAAAGUCAUAGAGUGUGACCUGAAGCCGCCGGUGUGGGAAGCCAUCAAAGAAAAAAUAUCCAGUUCAUCAUAUGAUGGCCUCCUCAUAAAACCAGUCUUAGGUGCAGAAAAGGCUUAUAUUGUGGGCAUUUCAGAAGAAGUUAUGAAGAUUGAGCCAAUAUUCAGAAACCUAGUAGAAGGAACCACUAGACAACUGAGCAGAGUGGUAGAAGAUGUGCGGCUUGAACCCGCGGCUUAUAAAGUAAUGUUUGCACAUGGUCUGGAGAAAAGCAUCCUGGAAGAUUGUCCACAUGUGAAGAUUGGCUAUGAUGGAGCUUCUGAGACAAUCAAACUUCAUGGGCCAAAAGAUCAAGUGCUUACUGCCAAAUGUGAAAUUCUCAAUACUCUCCAAGAGCUGAGGUCCAAACCUAUUCACCUCGAUCCACACAUCAUCCAGUUUCUGAUGGCAGCAGACAACGAAGAACUGUCAUGUAGUCUUCUUACAAGUAAGAACAUUAGAGCAACAUUUCAGGUGGAAGACAAUACAGUCAUGAUAACUGGUUACUCUGAUGAAGAUCUGAGAAACGCUGAGGAAACCGUGAUGAAAGAAUUGGUCUGUAAGCGGAUUUCUGUUGAGGAUAAAACUAUCACUCACAGUCCCGAGUGGGGAAGUUUAAAGAUUUUUCUAAAUGAAUCGUGUAACGCUCAGGGGAGGAAAGUUUCCAUAGAGGAGUUCCCUGUGGGGGAUGGAACUGAAGUGGUGAUCGCUGGUCUAUCGUUACCGGCAGAAGAAGCCUACCAGCAAAUCCGUGACUUUCUGGAGAGGAAUGCUUUCGUGACGAGGGACAUCAAGCUGAAGUCAGUGGCAGUUCUGCAGUUUAUAGAGGAAGAAAAGAAUCGGGAAUGGAAAAGAAUAUUACAGAAUGUGAAGGUGGUAAAGAAACAGAACAUCAUCUUUUUGUCUGGUACAGAGAUAUAUGUAAAGGAGGCAGAAAACUAUGUAACAAAAAUUGAGUCUACACUUCAUUCUGACACAUUAAGCAUUGAUAAACCCGGAGCCAAAAAAUUCUGUAUUGACAAUGAAGACAUGUACAUUACAACAGCAAAGAAUAAAUUCAGCUGUGUGAUAUAUUUUCAGAAGGAUGGAGAUGGCAGAAGUUCAGGCCAUCAACUUAACCAAGGUGAACCUCUUUGCCAAGUCAACCUCCAAAAUGAAGUCACAAUGGUGGUAUAUAAGGGUGACCUGUGCCAGCACAGCGCUGAUGUCAUCAUUAUUGCAUCAAAUAGGGAUUUAAAGCCCACUGGGGGACCAGCACUGGAUUUGCUGAAAGCAGCAGGACCCAAACUUCAAAAAGAAUGUGAAGGUAUUGUUCAGAAAGAAGGAGAGCUGGAGCCGGGGGAGUGUGUCAUUACAGGUGCCGCUAGUUUGCCCUGUGAGAACGUGAUUCAUGCCGUCGGUCCUAAAUGGAGUGGAAAGGCAGAUUCAAAAUCUGAGCGUCUUCUACGGAAAACGAUAACUUGCAGCUUGAAGGUGGCUGAAGAGAACGGUCUCACUUCUGCUGCAAUUUCUGUGCAGAGUUUCGUAGUCUCUGGAAUUCCUGCAGACAUGUGCGUGGAAAAUAUUCCAAAAUCCAUCAAACUAUACACAGAAAACCAAGAAGAGGCCAUCACAAGCAUCAAAAACAUCCAUCUUGUAGACAACGAUGACCAGAUCCUAAAGGCUUUAACCAAAGCCCUGAAGGAAGAGUACGGAGAGGAGAUCAUGGAGGUCACCCCAAAGAAAUCAAAGAAAAAGUAUCACAAGAAGAAGAGAGAGGACACAAUGGGAAAAGGUGACCUUACUAGGGUGGUCACUAAAGAAGGAGUGCGCGUCAAUAAAAUACAAGGCAAUAUUGAGGAUACAACAGCCGAUGUUGUUGUGAACAGUGUGGGGAAGGACCUCGAUCUUCGUUCUGGAGCCGUAUCUAAGGCUCUGUUCAGGAAGGCCGGAGACAACCUCCAGAAUCUUCUGGAUACGGAGAGCAAGGGGAAGGAGGUGGCAGACGGCUCCAUAUUCAUUACCAACGGCUGUAACCUGUCCUGUGACACUGUUAUCCAUGUUGUGGUUCCAGAGUGGGAUGGUGGAAGUGGUUCUUCUGAGAAGAUUUUAGGUGACAUUGUGACGAAGUGUCUGCAUGAGGCAGAGAAGAGGAAGAAGGGAUCUAUAACCUUCCCGGCGGUCGGGACCGGAGUUCUCGGGUUUCCCAGACCUGCUGUUGCUGCUCUAAUGUUUGAAAAAGUUCUCAACUUCAGCAGCAAAACCAAACCGGUCCAUGUGAAGGAGGUGAACUUCAUGCUGCACCCCAAAGACCCCGAAACCAUAACGGCAUUCUCAGCCGAACUUGAAAAAAAGAUCGGGAGCCACAAGGAAGCCGGGAAAGUCCGAAUGUCAGCCCAGGGAGAGCACGAGAUGAAGAUCGGAUCCGUCACACUUCAGGUGAAGAGAGGAGACAGAAGCAAGGCGAAGGCCGAUGUCAUCGUCAGCUUAUCCAAUUCCCCGUCAGAAACCAGCAAACUCCAGGACGUCGGUGGAACUUCAUUGAAGACGAUCUUCAUCUCUGACACUUCUAAACCAAAUGAGCUAAAACAGAGCGUGAUAAAGGUUCUGCAGGACUGCGAGCGGCACAAACACAAAUCGAUUGCACUGACUGCCAUGGAAUCAGGAUCGGGGGCGGCAUCCUUCGGCACCGUGGCGGACGCUGUGCUAGAUGCAGUGACGGAAUUUACUGCCAAUGAUUCCCCCAAAUCAGUUCAAAAGGUGAAAGUGAUCACUCCGCUGCAGCCAAUGUUAGAUGAUUUCCUCAAAGCCAUGAAGGCGAAGGAAGGAUCUGCUGCAGCAAAACAAUCCUCCGGCUGGGGGUCUGGAUUUUCUAAGAUGACGAAAUCCGUUGUUAGUUUUUUUUCGGGGAGUCCAGAAGAAGAAGAUCCCGAGGUUUUUGAAUUAAGAGAAAACAUAGAGCCGGCUAUUAUCCAUCUGUGUGCGGAAAGUCGGGGCGCCGUGGACAGGACGAAAUCCUGGCUCCGCGAGCUGAUAAUGAAGGAGCAGUAUGAGAACCUCAUCACAGAUGACUGGAUCCAGGACUUUGAUGACCAUAAGGCUUUCGAACCUCUUCAGGAGAAGUACCAAGUCACCCUUACUUUUGACUUGUCAGGUUCCACAAUCAAAGUGCUGGGCCUGUCCAGGGACGUUCUGGAGGUCAGCAAUACAAUCCAAGAAAUGAUAAAGACUGUGCGAGAUAAGAAGAUGAGGGAGCGAGAGGCGGAGCUGUGCAGUAAUCUGGUGCAAUGGGGAUACCUCAACAGGAGCAACUUUGUUCCAUUUGACAAAAUGACAAACAUGGAGCUGGAGAAGGCCAAGAACGAGAACAUACAAAGUAUAUCUCUGGAUAUUAAUGGGGCAAAAUACACGGUGAUUGUAGAGCUGCUGAGUGCGAGAGAUCCCAGAGGGAACAACUUGAAGCUUCAACGAAAUUCUAAACACGGUAACUUCUAUUUUCAAAUUCAUUAA